AGCGAAAAAGAAGAGCAAAGAGAGGAGCAAAAAAUCAAAUGCAGAAAACGAAGUAAGAUAGAAUAAAACGUGCAGCGGCGAGUGGACAAAAAAGGUGGCAGAAAAAAAGUCAAAAAUUGAGGGAAAAGAAGCAAAAUAGCGGAUUAAGUUUUGCUCUUCAAGGUGGAAAAGUGCAAGUGCUCACGCACACACACACAUACACUACAGACACACAUUUGCACCCACAUACAAUCUUACAUAUAUACAUAUAUAGAUUUGUAUAAAUAUAUAUACCUAUAUAUAUAUUAAUAUAGAGAUAGAGCAUAGCGCGCGCCGCAAUGUCACGACAACGUCCGCGACUCCAACCCAUUACAAUUGACCGUGACCCGGAACCAGCUCUUGUGCCGCCCCGUAAUCUAGACGUACGCGCCACUAUUCAGAUUGGUGAUCAGACAUUCGAUAUCGAUGCCGAUAGCCUGGAGAAGAUCUGUGAUCUGGGCCGUGGCGCCUACGGUAUCGUGGAGAAAAUGCGUCACCGGCAAACAGGAACAGUGCUGGCCGUCAAACGGAUACCCAUGACGGUUAAUUUCCGUGAGCAACAACGACUGGUCAUGGAUUUAGAUAUAUCGAUGCGAUCCAGUGAUUGCCCCUAUACGGUUCAUUUCUAUGGAGCCAUGUAUAGAGAGGGUGAUGUAUGGAUUUGCAUGGAAGUGAUGAAUACCAGUUUGGAUAAAUUUUAUCCAAAGGUCUUUAAGCAUGAUCUAAGAAUGGAGGAGAGUGUACUCGGCAAGAUUGCCAUGAGCGUUGUAAGUGCCUUACACUAUUUGCAUGCCCAGCUAAAGGUGAUUCAUCGUGAUGUAAAGCCAUCGAAUAUAUUGAUCAAUCGCAGUGGUCAGGUUAAAAUAUGUGAUUUUGGCAUCUCCGGCUAUCUGGUUGAUUCCAUUGCCAAGACAAUUGAUGCCGGCUGUAAGCCAUAUAUGGCACCCGAACGUAUCGAUCCACAAGGUAAUCCCGCCCAAUAUGAUAUACGCUCAGAUGUCUGGUCGUUGGGCAUAAGCAUGAUUGAAAUGGCGACAGGACGUUAUCCCUAUGACAAAUGGAGGACGCCAUUUGAGCAGCUACGUCAGGUUGUCGAAGAUGAUCCGCCACGUUUGCCGACUGGAGCAUUCUCUUCGGAAUUCGAUGAUUUUAUUGCCACAUGCUUAAAGAAGGAAUAUACGGCGCGACCCAAUUAUGAGCAAUUGUUGCGUCAUAAUUUCAUUGUGGAGCAUUUGCAGCGUAAUACGGAUAUAUCUGAAUUUGUGGCUAGAAUAUUGGAUUUACCUGAUGUCCAACAGUCGCCGCAAUAAAUUUGGCACCAUCACCACCUCUAUGUCUGUGAAUGUGUGAGUGCAAGUGUAUGUGAGAAUGUAUGAUUGUGUGUGUGUGUGUGUGCGAGUGGGUGUGUGUGUGUGUUUGUUUGUAAAUUUGCCGCCGUCUUCUAAAAUGCAUUUUCCAUCAUGUUAUAUGCGUUUAUAUAUAUGCUACCCAACGAUGAAAAAUUCGCGCAAAUCAAUUAUAAAAACUGAAACAUUUUAAAUACUAGCUAAUAAGAAGAAUUUACCAUUUACCGUUACUUUUGCCAUGCAACGCUCAAAACAAAAUCAAACAACCAAAACUGUGCCUCUUCUCUAGUUGCUGUCAAAGAAGAAAAAAAAAAAAAACAAAAGAAAGCUGUUACGAAAAAUUGUAAUUUCUUUUUUUUAUUUUUUGUAUAUCAAAAACUAAAAUAUUGCCAAGAAAAAAAUUGUAAUUUAUAAAUUUGUUUAACAAAAUACAAUACAUUACAUGCAAAUAGCUUAUUACUGUUUUAAAUUUAUAUACACACAUAUACAUAUUUUUUGUGUAAUUAUUUCAUUUUGUUGAUAUAUUAUCUACCAUACUAAAAGAUUUCAAAAAUCAACAAUAGCAAUUAAUAAAUAAAUAAACGGUAAAUUGCAUACAUAUAUAAUACUUAAAAAAAAGGAAAAACUUUAAACAAUAAAAUAGAAACAACUUAAUGAUAAGCAUAUGCAAAAUUAUGAUGUAUUAACAAAGCAAAAUGGAGAAUCAAACAAAAAAAAAAAUAUAUAUAAACAAUGCAAAACAACGUUGUAAACCAGUAAUAAAACGAAAAAGCUUGCAACACUGAA